GGGCUCCUGUCCUUGGCAAGGAGGUGCGGGGCUGCUGCAGGGCCAGGCGCUGAGCUGCCUUAGAGCAGGCCGCCCCCAGGGCAAGGCUGCUGGUGAAGCGAGCUCACCCAGAGGUUUUCCAGAGAGCGGUAUCCACAGCAAGUGCACUGAUGUAAUACAGCCCCAGGAACUGUGCAGAAACAGAGACAUGACCAGGAAGAUCUUCACGAACACCAGGGAGCGGUGGAGGCAGCAGAAUGUCAACAGUGCUUUCGCCAAGCUAAGGAAGCUCAUCCCCACUCACCCUCCAGACAAAAAGCUCAGCAAGAAUGAAACGCUUCGCCUGGCCAUGAGGUAUAUCAACUUCCUGGUCAAGAUCUUGGGGGAACAAAGCCUGCCGCCUCCGACGGGAGUGGCUGCUCAGGGGAACAUUCUGGGCCUCUUCCCUCAAGGAGCUCACCUGCCAGAACUGGAGGAUGACACUGUACUCAGUGACUACCAGGUGUCUUCACCUGGCCCAAGCCACCACCUUCCAUAGGGUGGCUCUGGCAGCCCCACCCGCACUCCCAGAAGCACUUGCUCAGGAGUCACUGGCAGAGGACAGCCCUGGCGUGUUCCAGAGUCACACUGAAGAAUAGUUUCUGAGGUACGGAUCUGGGCUUCGUGGGCGAUGGCUCAGGGACAGCUGCCAAAGCUGAGAAAAGCCCAUAGAGAUCCUCACCCAGAUUCCAUCCACAGCUGAGACUUCGGACAGAACAGCCUGCUUCUCCUGUUGUAUAAAUCCAGGUUAGGCAUAAAUAUUUGCAGAAGAAAAAAAGGUUUAAAAAUCUACCAUUUUAAUCUUUGUCUUCAAUAAUAAGAAAGGAGUUUUCUCAGAAUAGAUCUCACAUGAAUAAGCAGAGUGUGUUUUUCUCAGAACAUAUUUAAAUGUUUUGAAAAAUGAGACUAUUUGAUCAAAGGCAAACAAAAUAAAUCUUAAGAUUGAUGAGUGUAAAGGUAGUCCCAGCUGACAGCAGCCUGCGAGAUGCGUGGGAAAAUUGGUGAAGAAAGUCCCUCCUGAGGAACGGGAUUACAUUCCUCCUCCUGACAAAUGUGUUCUUUAAAUUCUACAGAAAUGUGAGGUGUGUACUGAUAGGGAGCCAUUUAUACAUGUUAACUCUGAGCCAAAUGGUGGAUUGCAUCAGUGCAAGGAGAAGGCUUGAUAAUUUAUCAGUGAGAGUUCACGGUUUUGUUAUUUUUUAAAAAGUUAGCUUUAUGGUAAGUCAGCAAGCUGCUUAGUUUCCUAUGUCAGGUGUUAAAAUUUUUAACUCAGGCUGAGUUCCAGCUGAUUUAAAACCUGUAAAAUCCAAUUCUAAUUAGGAAAAUUCAAACAUUACCAUUUAAUGGUUCAUUUAACAACUUAGUUUAAUAAAAAAAAAUUACAAUAAACAAUAGAAAUAUAAUACCAGACACUAAUGAACUAAAUGAACUAAUGAAUUUGGAAUUUGCCUUCUCUUCUGUAGAGCGGAAGCUUAAUCUUAGCUGGGGUGGGGAUUGUACCCCAAAAGUCAUUGAAACCACAUGGAUCUGGCAGAAUUCACUGCCACACACCAUUGUGAUAUUGAUGGUAUUUGGAUUCAAAGAUAAAUCCUUUAAUUGAGCUGAAAAUGCAAAUAAUGCCAUUUAAUUAUCUCCUAGACAUUUUAUUUUCCCCAAAGUUCUUGACAGUACAUUGGUUUUAAAAUCUUCUGAACCCCACAUCAGAUAUCUGUGUUUGUGAGAUUAGGAAUUCCACUGCCUGGAUAGUGGAAUUUAUGAUACUUUAGAAAGAAGGUAUUUUAUUUAUGAAUGCACCAAAAUGAGGCUUCCUGGUUUGGUGGCGAGAAAAAAAGCUGGGUGAGUCUUUCAUAAUUUUAUUCCCCCUAACAGCAAGGUCAUCAGCUCUUUUGGAUCUAAAUGGCUUUUACACUUGUUACGCAGGGCUUCCUUCUGGAUCCUUUGUUUAACCUGUGUCAGUGAACUCCUGCAAAGACCCAGGGUAGCUCAGGGAAACAGAGCACACAGAGAACAGGGAUUUCCCUCUGAAUAUGCACAUAGUUCUCUCCACGUCUUGGAUGGAUUCAAGCUUGUCCUCAAAUUAUCGGGUGACAGUACAUUUCAGAGUUUCUAAGAGUUAGCACUUUAGUGUUAUUAUUCAUUCUCAUCUGGUCUUACAUCAAAAUAACACUCUUUAUUUGGUGCUGGGAAUCAAACUCAGGACCUUGUACUUGCCAGGCAGGCGUUGUACUGCUGAGCUAAAUCCCUGGCCCUAAAAUAACUUUUAACAGUAUUUUUAAAAUUAGCUUUAUUUUAACAUGUAGCCAAGGGAAACACAAAGCACCAAUGUACCUGAAUACGGACAAGGUUUCUUGCUGUACCCAGGAUGAGUUUGGGGUCCUCUUGCUGUGGUCCUGGUCUGGGUACACAAAGAGGACCUUUCCUGACAUAUAAGGGAGAGGUCCUGAAAAGAUGAGGAGAUUGUGCUGUCAUUAACUUUAUGGCAGUGAUAAUUAAAGAAAUUUUCAGGAAAUUCUUUGAUAAAUGAAUAAACUGUUACCAUGUUACUCUUUGAAUUUACUUCUUAAAAUAUUUUUUUUGCCACCUUGAACCUUUUUUUGUACAUAGGAAAGUGACUGUUAAAAAGAAUUAUCAUCACAUGUGUACCAAAACCUUGAUAAGAUAUUCAGGUGACAGGAAUCUAAUUCAAAAAGUGCUCUAGCAUCCUCUUUGAUGUCUAUACUUAGCACUUGAUUAUUGAAGUAAUAAGAAUUCAUAGUUUAUCCAGGAAUGGUGGUACAUGGCUACAACCCCAGCACUUAGAAGUUGAUCACUGUGAGUUUGAGUCCAACCU